AUGUUGCAUGACAGGGCAAGGCCCUCAUACUCCCCAUAUAGACCCCGAGGGAGAGGUCCCCCUCCUUACUCCGAUAACUUCACCCCUCUCACCAAGACCCCGAGUGAGAUACUAGCCACAGAGAGGGUAAAGAAUUCUUUCCCAAGGCCACCACCCAUAAAACUGGGACCGAAAGCACAACCGAACGAGUACUGUGAGUUUCACAAAGGCUUCGGGCACAAAACCGAUGACUGCAUGUACCUAAAAAGGGAAAUAGAAACCGCGGUGAAAACGGGGAGGCUGGCCCACUUGGUCAAGGAAAUCAAGGAGUGGGGAAGGGAUCGCAAGGGAAGAGAUGCAAGGGAGCCAGGGAGGGCAGAUGUUGAUAUGAUUAGAAGGAGGAAUGAGUUCGAUACAACCAGAAGUGUAAAGGCCAGAAUCCUAGGCUCCCCGAACUGCAUGAAAGCUCCCAUCCUUAUGCCGUACCUGGAGGAAGGUGAGGUGCAACGACUCCCGUUGAACAUCCCAGCCAUAAUAGCCGGACACAAGGUGUCUCGAAUACAUGUGGAUGGAGGGUCAGGUGUUGAGGUAAUAUACGAACACUGCUUUCUUAGGUUCGACAGGGAUGUAAGAGAUAGAUUGGAGGAAGAUUCUAUCCCCUUAGUGGGAUUCAACAACAGUGUGUCACAUCCCCUGGGAAAGAUCAGGCUCCCAUUCACAGUUGGGGUAGGGGAUCGGGUCCGAACGAUAAAUCUGACCUUCACAGUAGUCAGGGCACCCUCCAAGUACAACGCGAUCUUGGGAAGACCCGGAAUUGGAGACUUACAAGCACAAGCAUCCACCCCCCACGGGGCUUUAGUAUUUCAAACACCAAAGAGUCUUGCCUGGGUUAAAUCCGCUUAUGAAGUAGUUUCCUCCGUAUCCAAAGGGGAAGAACUGGGGAAACUCCAGGAAAAGGGGGUGGAAGAAUGGGUCCUCUGUGACAGGUUCCCGGAACAAACAGUCAAGGUGGGAAGCCACUUAAGUGACAAAUGCAAAAGUGCCCUAAAGGAGCUGCUCCUCCAUAACAUAGAUGUGUUUGCAUUUCAACAUGGGGACAUGACGGGAAUCCCCAGAAGUCUAACUGAGCACCGGCUCAACACUUUCACAUGGGCAAAACCAGUGAAACAAAAGAAGCGGAGCAUGGGACCUGAUAAAAGAAGGGCCGCAUGUGAAGAGACUCGAAAGCUGCUCAGAGCGGGGAUAGUCAGAGAGGUUAAAUACCCAUCAUGGGUUGCCAACCCUGUCAUGGUUCAGAAAAAGGACGGAGGGUGGAGGAUGUGCAUCGAUUUUCAAGACCUAAACAAAGCAUGUCCCAAGGACUGUUAUCCCCUCCCGGAGAUAGACACCCAGGUGGACUCUCUGUCCCAGUACCCCCUGAAAUGCUUCCUGGAUGCCUACAAGGGAUACCACCAAAUCCAGAUGUCAAUAGAAGACGAGGAGAAGACCGCUUUCAUUACAGAUGAGGGGACGUUUUGCUAUACCAAGAUGCCCUUCGGCCUCAAGAAUGCCAGGGCCACAUAUCAGAGGUUCAUGAACACCUUGUUUAGGGAGCAAAGAGGGAGGAACUUAGAGGUUUACGUUGACGACAUUGUCAUCAAGAGCUUAACAGAAACAACAAUGAUAGAUGACAUAGCCGAGACUCUCAACACCAUGCAGGAUGUGAACAUGAAGCUGAACCCCGGGAAGUGUUGUUUCGGAGUAGAGGAAGGGAAUUUCCUGGGGGUAGUAGUCACCAAAGGAGGAAUCAAAGCAAACCCGGAAAAAACCCAGGCCGUAGCCGAAAUGCGGUCUCCCAGAUCCCUAAAAGAUAUCCAACAGCUAAAUGGGAGGCUGAUAGCGUUAAACAGUUUUUUAUCAAAGGUAGCAGACAAGACCCUUCCCUUUAUGAAAGUAUUAAGGGACUGCCUCCAGACCAACGAGUUCAAUUGGACCACGGAGGUCGAGGCUGCAUUCCAGGAAAUGAAAGCCUACAUCUGUAAGCUCCCGACGUUAGCCACCCCGGUGCCCGGGGACCCGUUGCUCCUGUACCUAUCCGCCUCGAAAACGACCAUAAGUGCGGUCAUGAUGGUGGAACGGGAGGGGAAACAGAUUCCUAUAUAUUUCAUUAGCAGAACACUUAAGGGGCCUGAGGAACGAUAUAUGCCCCUGGAGAAACUCGCGUUGGCUCUAGUCUUUGCAUCCCGAAGACUCAGAAGGUAUUUCCAAGGGCAUAAGAUUACCUUGAUGACUGAUCAACCCCUUCAGAAUGUGCUUAGGAAGCCGGAGCUAUCAGGGCGGUUGGCUAAAUGGGCUGUGGAGUUGGGAGAACACUCCCUGGAGUUUAAACCCAGAACGGCCGUAAAGGGACAGAUACUGGCUGAUUUCUUAGCGGAGGUCCCUGAGGACGAGGAGAAAGAGCUAUUAAAAUGGGAAGCCUUAGAAAAAGAAGAAAAAGAAAGGGAAGAUGAGGCUGUGUGGAAAUUGCUCACCGAUGGGGCAUCCAGUGAAGAAGGAAGCGGGGUAGGCAUCACGCUGGUAAGCCCCGAGGGGGUCGAGCUGACAUAUGCCAUAAGGCUGGAUUUCGAGAACACCAACAAUACUGCAGAAUAUGAGUCCCUCCUAGCCGGGAUGAGCCUGGCACAAAAAAUGAAAGCAAGACACGUAGAGGCUAGCACUGACUCACAUCUGGUAGUAAAACAAUACCAAGGAGAGUAUGAAGCCAAAGACGGCACCAUGGCCCAAUACGUGGCAAAAGUUAAAGAGAUGGCUAAGGCAUUUAGGACUUUCAAACUUGAAUAUAUCCCUCGUGGAAGGAACAGGAAAUCUGAUGCACUCAGCAAGCUGGCCUCGGUAGCAUUCGACCACCUCGCGAAAGAAAUCAAGGUGGAGGUCCUGACAUCCCCUUCCCUUAACACAGCAGAAGUUGCUACGGUCGAGGGUCCUUAA